AUGCCGGAGAAGAAGGCCGAGUUCAGCGGGGAGAAGGUGAUCGCCGAGUUCGAGCGGCUGUCGCGGGACGCCGCCGCCGCCCAGCGGGAGGCGCUGCGGCGGAUCCUCGCCGGCAACGCCGCCGCCGAGUACCUCCAGGGGCGGGGCCUCGCCGGCCGCACCGACCCGGACAGCUUCCGGGCCUGCGUGCCGCUCGCCACGCACGCCGACUUCGAGCCCUACAUUGCGCGCAUCGCCGACGGCGACACCUCCGCCGUUCUCACCGCCACGCCCGUCACCGCCAUCUCCCUCAGCUCCGGCACGACGCAGGGGAAGCGCAAGUACCUUCUCUUCAACGACGAGAUCUUCAAGUCAGCGAUGCAGACGUACCAGACUUCCUUCGCUUUCAGGAACAGGGCUUUCCCCGUCGAGGACGGCAAGUCGCUGCAGUUCAUCUACGCCAGCGGGCAAUUCACGACCAAGGGCGGCCUCACGGCGACCACGGCCACCACCAACUUGUACCGUAACAAGGACUUUAUCACCACCAUGCGUUACAUGCAGUCUGAUUCCUGCAGCCCCAAGGAGGUGCUCUUCUCCCCGGACUUCACGGAGUCGCUCUACUGCCACCUCCUCUGCGGCCUGCUCUUCGCCGGCGAGGUCCGCACGGUGUCCGCCACCUUCGCGUACAGCCUCGUGCUCGCCUUCCAGACGUUCGAGCGGGUGUGGGAGGAGCUGUGCGCCGACAUCCGCCACGGCGUCCCGUCACCGACGCGGGUCACGAGCCCCGCCGUCCGGCAGGCCGUGUCCGCCCUCCUCGCUCCGAACCCCGCGCUCGCCGACGAGGUGGCGAGCAAAUGCCGGGGGCUCGUCAACUGGUACGGCGUGAUGCCGGCGCUGUGGCCCAAGGCUAAGUACGUGAGUAGCAUCACGACGGGGUCCAUGGAGCACUAUGUGAAGAAGCUCCGGCACUACGCCGGUGGCCUGCCGCUGGUCGGCUUGGACUACGGCGCGACGGAGGGGAUGAUCGGGGCCAACGUGGAGCCCCGGGAGCCACCGGAGUCCACCACGUUCGCCGUGCUCCCCAACAACGCCUACUUUGAGUUCAUCCCUCUGAAGAGCUGCGCCGCCGGAGUCGACGAUGCUGACCCGUGCUACACGGAGGCGGACCCUGUCGGCCUGACAGAUGUCGCCGCCGGCGAGCAUUACGAGGUUGUCAUGACCACCUUCACAGGGCUGUACAGAUACCGGCUGGGGGACGUGGUGAAGGUGACCGGUUUCUACAACUCGAUACCCAAGCUCAAGGUCGUGUGCCGACGGAACCUGAUGUUGUCCAUCAACGUCGACAAGAACAGCGAGCACGACCUCCAGCUCGCCGUCGACAGCGCGUCCAAGAUCCUGGCCGCCGGGGCGCUGGAGAUCGUGGACUACACCAGCCACGCCGACGUGUCGCGCGACCCGGGUCACUACGUCGUCUUCGUCGAGCUGAACGCCGAGGCCACCGCCGACCAAGUCCUGCAGCGCUGCUGCGACGAGCUGGACCGGGCGUUCACGGAUCCCGGGUACGUGGGGUCGAGGAAGGUGAGCGCCAUCGGGCCGCUGGAGCUCCGGGUGCUGAGGAGAGGGGCGUUCCAGGAGGUGCUCCGCCACUAUCUCUCCCUCGGCUCCGCCGUGAACCAAUUUAAGCUGCCCCGGUGUGUCACGCAGUCCAACUCCAGAGUGCUACGCAUCCUGGCUGCCAACACCAUGAAAGUCUUCUUCAGCGCUGCCUAAGACGAAAGCUCACGCUGUGCUUGCAGUCCAUGAUCAGGAGUGGGAUGCAAAUUCAGGUGUUUCUGAAUGUAAUAGGAUUAACGUUAGUUGAGGGCUAGUGGCUUUUCUCUGUUGCCAAGCGGCCGCCGGCCAAACUAUCAUCUCUAUUAUCUUGUAUUCUGUUUCUGUUUGAUGUAUGUAUAACACCGGUUUGCUUUGCUUGUAAACUAAAUGAAACUAGUUGUGCUAGUUCAUCUGUCGAUCUUCCCAUACAUAUGUGUAUCCCAAUUUAUUUUCUGUAGGAAGUAACGUGAGAUAUGAGGUCAUAA